UCUCGCCCUAUAGAAGCAGAGGGGAAAGGACCGGGAGGGGUUUGCGCUUGGGGUCCAGCUGAGAUUAAAUUUCAACAGGACAGCAUUCCCAAAAAAAAAAAAAUUCAAGACAGCCAACGUGAGACAGCAAGUGAACGAACAAGCUUCUGUAUGUUCCCUGAGAAAACAACUGGCCGCAAAUUUAGUACGCAGCUUUCUGGGACUUUCACCCAAUUGGCAGAGGAAGAGUGUGCCUCAGUUUGGACAACCGGAAAAUCACAAGUGAGGGGCAAGAUGACAGAUAGACAGCCAAGCAACCCGAGGUGCUACGAGACACAAACAAUGUAAUUUCUCAACCCGGCCUUGUGCUCUGUCAACAACUUUUUCAAAGUAAGGAUUUUACUAAAGUCCAUUUUAAAACUACUGUGGCCAGAAAAAUUGAAUUACUGUUGGGUAGCAUUUGAUGCCAACGGUGAUGGAAAGCAGUGACGAGGAAAGAGGAGGGGGAAGAAAGGACUGUGAUGGAGAGAAAGACAAACAGCUGAAAGAGCAGCUCAACUGUGAAGAAAAGGGAGUAAUUGAGCUCCAAGAAAAUGACAAAGAGAGAAGAAAGGAUGGCAGGAGAUCUGGAACAUUGUGGAGGAGCGGGUGGGCACUAAGUGAAAGACUUGCAAUCAAUGUCUCAGGGAUGCGCUAUGAGACUCAGCUUCGUACAUUAGCCCAAUUCCCUGACUCUAUGCUCGGUGAUCCUAGGCGAAGGUCACGAUAUUUUGACCCUCUGCGGAAUGAACUCUUCUUGGAUCGAAAUCGGGCCUGCUUUGAUGCUAUUCUGUACUUUUACCAGUCUGGUGGCAGGCUUCGAAGGCCCACCAAUAUACCUCUGGAUAUCUUCAUGGAUGAGCUACUGUUUUAUGAGCUGGGGGAGGAUGUCAUAGACAGGUUCAAAGAAGAUGAAGGUUUUCCAAAAGAAGAGGAGAGACCACUGCCAAGCAAUGAAAUCCAGAGGAGACUGUGGAUGCUGUUUGAGCAUCCAGAGUCGUCAUCGGGAGCACGCAUCAUAGCCAUUAUCAGUGUGAUGGUUAUUGUGGUGUCUAUCCUCAUCUUCUGCCUGGAGACCCUCCCCGAGUUCAGAUUGGACAAAGAAGCACGAGAGGAAUAUCUGUACAAGUAUCACUCCCUUCCCAAGAACGUCUCAGAGAAUAUGCCAUUGCCACAGAGUGUCUUCCAGGAUCCCUUUUUUUUAGUGGAGACAAUGUGUAUAUGUUGGUUCUCCUUUGAGCUCUUAAUGCGAUUUGCUUGCUGUCCUAGUAAGACAUACUUCUUCAAGGAUGUCAUGAAUAUUAUAGAUUUCAGUGCCAUCCUGCCAUACUUUGUAACUCUGGGCACCGAGAUGGCCAAGGACAACGAUGCUACUCCGGCCACUUCUUUGGCCAUCAUAAGGGUCAUCCGGCUGGUGCGAGUCUUCAGGAUCUUCAAGCUGUCACGUCACUCCAAAGGUCUGCAGAUUCUGGGUCAAACGCUUCGAGCAAGCAUGCGUGAAUUAGGUCUCCUCAUAUUCUUCCUCUUUAUUGGAGUCAUCCUCUUUUCCAGUGCCAUAUACUUUGCUGAAGCUGACCACAAAAACACAGCUUUUAUCAGCAUACCACAUGCUUUCUGGUGGGCUGUGGUUACCAUGACCACAGUGGGAUAUGGUGACAUGUGUCCGGAGACCGUUUGGGGAAAACUAGUGGGCUCUAUGUGUGCCAUUGCCGGUGUGCUGACCAUUUCACUGCCUGUGCCUGUCAUAGUGUCCAACUUCAGUUAUUUCUACCACCGUGAGACUGAGUGUGAAGAUCAAACAGAGUACAAUCAUGUCAAGACAUCACUGUGGGAAGAUGAAGAAGAGGAGGAAGAAGAGGAAAAAAAGGAGGAAGAGGUUCAGGAUCCAGAGGCAGAGUACUAUGCCAUUGAGGGCAGAUACACCCCUCUAAACAGAACUCUGCUGGACGGACCAUGUCCAGCUCAUACUAUGGACUAUAAAGAAGGGAACGCAUGUAUGAGAGAACCACUGGUAACUCAAGUGUAAGGAAGGCAUGUACUUGUACAGAGAGCCAUAUGUGAUUUUAGGACAAAACUGAGCUGAAAAACUAUAUUUCAGCAACUGGUAAUAUGUCACCGGACAAGUUUUACAUUCUCAGGGUUGUGUUAUGAAUGCUGUGUGAUAUCAUUGCUUUUAUUUUAAAAUGUUACAAAUUCAAUGUUUCAAACUCUGAUGUCUUAAUAGGGGAAGCAGAAUAAAAUGUGUCUCUAGUUCUAUAUAUUCAUGUUUAAAAAUGUAAUUAAUAUACAUUAUGAACAAAUUACACUGUGCUCAAACUCUUUCUCUUGUACUUUCACUAUCACUGUAUUUGUACUUUCUGCCUUUCUCUGAAAACUGAUCAACCAGCCAUUGUUGUGCCCUAGAGUUCAAUACUGGCUAAUAUGACCUCAAGAUGUGAUUGUGUGCUUUUUGUUCAGA